CAUACGGCGGUAAUUUACAUAUGUACCCAAAUCUUCCCUCUUUUUUUAUUCUCUACUUGUUCGAAUUGGAGAACUAACUGGAUGGUACCCAAUUCCGAAUGAUCCGCCUGUUUCUACAUGGAAUUCGUGAACGCAGUUUUCACUUUUAGCUACUAACUCCAUCCGUGGAAAACAUGGAAGCCUCUACAAGUUUGAUAGAAAAAAUUUAUAGCUCCUUUUCUGGUGGAUUACAUUUUGUGCAGCCAAUCUCAUCCCUUAGGACAAAUGAAGUUGAUCUAGUGCGAGGAGUGUUGCAGAUAUUACAGGGUUUCUCCAGCUCUUUAUUUUAUUGGGAUGAUACUGGAGAACGAUUUUGUGCCAAAAAGGGGAUAUAUGUUUCCCACCUUUCGCAGACAAGUCUUUAUCUCAUUCUCGAUCAGUUUACUUAUGCAGCAGCAUGCUUAAAACUAGUAGAAAUCAUAGUCAAUAAGGUUGAGAAAUCUGUGAGAGCUCCUCCACCCACUUUGAGGGCAUUUCUAUGCUCUAUCUCUACAUGGCUUAGAAGGCUACGGGAUGUUGCUUUGCAAGAGGAGAGUAAGAUAAGCAACACAAACAGUGGAACUUCUCCAACCCUCCUAGGAUUAUCAAAUUCUUUAUCGAAUCUGUGUGCAGGAGCUGAAUAUUUGCUACAGAUAGUGCAUGGAGCUAUUCCAAAAGUCUACAUUGAACAAGAUUCUUCUAUAACUGCUGCUGAUAUUUCUGUGCAUAUUCUUAACCAUCUCUAUAACAAGUUGACUGAAGUUUGUCUUGUGCAAGGGGGUGAGGAGGAUGCAUAUAGGAUGACACUACAAGUGUUUGCUGGGAGUCUUUUGCCGUAUAUUGAAGGUCUUGAUUCAUGGCUUUUUGAGGGAAUUCUUGAUGAUCCAUUUGAGGAGAUGUUCUUUUAUGCUAACAAAGCAGUUACAGUUCAUGAGGCUGAGUUCUGGGAGAAAAGCUAUUUGCUGAGAUCAAAAAACUUUGAGAAGUUUGAUGUUCUUUGUGAUUCUUUACCUUCAACUAGGGAGAGAAAAGAUAUAUCUCUUCGAGAAUCGGUCUCCUUAUCUGGUUUGGCGAAAGGGAAAGAAACAAGGGGGACUGAUUGUUUGGCAUGUCCCCUGUUCAUGAAAGGCAUAUCAAGGACAAUUGUCUCUGCUGGAAAGUCAUUGCAGCUGAUCCGACAUGCUCCGUUAUCAUCCUUAGUAUCUGUUAGUAGUCAAGGGAGUGGCCAAUGCACCACUGGUUUAACCUUGUCAGAGAUCUUUUGUGUCUCAUUAGCAGCUCUUAUUGGCCAUGGGGAUCACAUUUCUGAAUACUUCAAACAGGAAAAUCAAAUACGUCCAUCAUUUGAAUCAUUUAAUCAAGAAAUUGAGAAGAACAAGGCCCUUGAUGUAGAAAUGUGCUUCAAUAAAGAAUGGUAUAAGCUCUUGAGCCAUACAAUUGCUCAGAACAGAAAGGCUGAUUUACAAUCCACUGGUAAUUAUAAUGCAGAUAGUCUUGAUCUGAAAGGGGACAAGGUAACUUUACUAGGAAUAGAUGGGCUUCAGAGAACAUUUGUACCUGAAAAUCCAGCAAUGACAGUGAGCCAAAGUUGUCUUCUUGGAAAUAGAGAUUAUUGGGAUACUUUGAAUUUAUCUAAAAGCUUCUUUCUUCCCCCUUUAAAUGAUGAGGGAUUAAGAACUGCUAUAUUUAGUGGAAAUGCUUUUGUGCUGACUCCUAAAAAUACAAACUAUGCCUUUGGUUCCCAGUUUGGUGAAUCUGAACGUAUUCGUCUGGAGGAAGAUGCUAAAUUUCUUGAAGAGCUGUUUCCCUUUCCAACUCUGCUUCCACCCUUUCAGGAAGAUCUUCAACUUUCUGAGGUUUUACCUUUCCAGAAAAAUAGCACUCUUCCAUCAAGAACUCUAAGCUGGAUUGGGAAUGUUGAGCCAAAAUGCACUCCACUUCCUGUGGUUAUUCUUCAGGAGUGCCUUAUCAAUUCUGUCAAGAAACAGGCUAAUUGUAUUGGCAGGAAUAUAUUAUCAAAAUUACUUUGCGAUUGGAGACUACUAGAUGAGCUGGGAGUCUUACGUGCUAUAUACUUGUUAGGUUCAGGUGAUUUGUUGCAGCACUUCUUGACUGUGAUUUUCAAUAAGUUAGACAAAGGAGAAUCUUUGGAUGAUGAAUUUGAUUUGAACAUGAUAUUACAGGAAUCAAUCCGGAACUCUGCUGAUGCCAUACUGCUAAAUACACCAGAUUCACUGGUUGUGUCAAUCUCAAGAAAUACUACUACAACUGAGGAUGAGCAAAAUAAUUUAGCGGUUCCUACUUUAACCCCUCGUAUAAGUCGAGGUCAGAACUUUGGCAUUGAUGGCCUUGAUUCGCUGACAUUCACAUACAAGGUCUCUUGGCCACUUGAACUUAUUGCUAAUUUUGAGGCAAUAAAGAAAUACAACCGGGUAAUGCGGUUCUUAUUGAAGAUCAGACGGGCAAAAUUUGUCCUUGAUAAGGCACGAAGAUGGAUGUUGAAGGAUAGAAGUACUGCAACAGCUAAUUGCAAGCGCCACUGGUUACUGGAACAAAAACUUCUCCAUUUUGUUGAUGCAUUUCACCAAUAUGUGAUGGACAGAGUGUAUCACAGUGCAUGGAGGGAGCUCUGUGAAGGUAUGGCUGCAGCAGCGUCCUUGGAUGAAGUCAUCGAAGUACACGAGGCGUAUUUGUCAUCUAUACAGAGGCAGUGCUUUGUAGUUCCAGACAAGCUGUGGGCACUGAUUGCUAGCCGAAUCAACAGUAUCCUUGGACUUGCCCUGGACUUCUACUCCAUACAGCAAACUCUGAACAGCGGGGGAACUGUUUCAGCUAUCAAGGCAAGAUGUGAGAUGGAAGUAGAUAGGAUUGAUCGACAAUUUGAUGACUGCAUAGCGUUCCUUCUCAGGAUUCUGUCUUUCAAGCUCAACGUCGGCCAGUUUCCUCAUUUGGCCGAUUUGGUUACUAGAAUUAAUUACAACUACUACUAUAUGUCUGACAAUGGAACGCUGGUAACUGCAUCUUCCAAGUCAGGAAAAGCCUUUCCAGUCAAGAAAGAGUAAAUGACGGGAAGAAUGUCUUCGUGAUUGUUGUGGAUACCGAAUGUAUGGCAGUUCUUUUUUGUUUGUACAGUACAUCAUAACACAGGGAUUAUCAUCAAAUUUCUCAACAACCCAUCCGCGGUGAAAACACGAAUUGCUGUUUGUAGUGAAAUUCUUGUAGGGUUUGAUCAAUGGAAAAAGUAAACAUGAGUUCUUUACUGCCAUAGGGUUCAUCAUCUAAUUUCUCAAGAGCAGUUAAACAUGAUUUGUUGUUUGUAUCACUGGGUGAAAUCUAAAGUAGAGUCUUUGAACUCGGAAUAUUUUGAUGGUUUUGAUAUCGAAUUGAAAGAUGUGUUCUUGUA